UGUCGGCACGACGGGCAGAACCGACCCCUAUCUCGCCACAAAAACAAGAGGGGCUACACAGCGGGGAAAUAAAGUUGUUGUAAAUAAAAUUCAAGUCACCAUCUUCCCCCAGUCCUCUGCAUCCUCGCCGGGCACGCGAUCAGCAGCUGACGGCCUCACAAUUGGUACAUCCUAAUGGAACUGCGAGGGAAAUGCAAUAAUUUUGCCAUAAUGGGCUGUAACCUCAAUUCGACCCCGGCCCUCGCAGCCCCGGGUCGGAAGCGGAGCGAUGCGCUCUGCCUCCAGCGGGUGGCGCUCGAGUCCGACUGAACGACGGCGGCGGGCGGCGGGCACGCGCCUGGGGCGCGCGCGCCACCCUUCUCGCCUCCACCCAACUCCCCCAUUAGUGCACGAGUUUACCUCUAGAGGUCAUCAGGCAGGAUUUACGACUGGACAACAAAAGCACGUGAUUCGAAGUCGUACCCCAUAUUUGGGUGCCUACGUAGGAGGGAACCAAGUACAUGUCCCAGUCAUUUCCAUAAUUCAUCAUAAAUUGUGCAAGGGUGCUAUAGACGCACAAACGACCGCGAGCCACAAAUCAAGCACACAUAUCAAAAAACAAAUGAGCUCUUAUUUUGUAAACUCAUUUUGCGGUCGCUAUCCAAAUGGCCCGGACUACCAGUUGCAUAAUUAUGGAGAUCAUAGUUCCGUGAGCGAGCAAUUCAGGGACUCGGCGAGCAUGCACUCCGGCAGGUACGGCUACGGCUACAAUGGCAUGGAUCUCAGCGUCGGCCGCUCGGGCUCCGGCCACUUUGGCUCCGGGGAGCGCGCCCGCAGCUACGCGGCCGGCGCCAGCGCGGCGCCCGCCGAGCCCAGGUACAGCCAGCCGGCCACGUCCACGCACUCGCCUCCGCCCGACCCGCUACCCUGCUCCGCCGUAGCCCCUUCGCCCGGCAGCGACAGCCACCACGGCGGGAAAAACUCCCUGGGCAACUCCAGCGGCGCCUCGGCCAACGCCGGCAGCACCCACAUCAGCAGCAGAGAGGGGGUUGGCACGGCGUCCGGAACCGAGGAGGACGCCCCCGCCAGCAGCGAGCAGGCGAGCGCGCAGAGCGAGCCGAGCCCGGCGCCGCCCGCCCAACCCCAGAUCUACCCCUGGAUGCGCAAGCUGCACAUAAGUCAUGACAACAUAGGCGGCCCGGAAGGCAAAAGGGCCCGAACGGCCUACACGCGCUACCAGACCCUGGAGCUGGAGAAGGAGUUCCACUUCAACCGCUACCUGACCCGCCGAAGAAGGAUUGAAAUAGCACAUGCUCUUUGCCUCUCGGAGAGACAAAUUAAAAUCUGGUUCCAAAACCGGAGAAUGAAGUGGAAAAAAGAUAAUAAGCUGAAAAGCAUGAGCAUGGCGGCGGCGGGAGGGGCCUUCCGCCCCUGAGUAUUUGAGCGUUUAAAGUACUGAGCAGUAUUAGCGGAUCCCGCGUAGUGUCAGUACUAAGGUGACUUUCUGAAAUUCCCUUGUGUUCCUUCUGUGAAGAAGCCCUGUUCUCGUUGCUCUAAUUCAUCUUUUAAUCAUGAGCCUGUUUAUUGCCAUUAUAGCGCCUGUAUAAGUAGAUACGCUUUCUGUUCAUCUCUUUGUCCUGAAUGGCUUUGUCUUGAAAAAAAAAAAUAGAUGUUUUAACUUAUUUAUAUGAAGCAAGCUGUGUUACUUGAAGUAACUAUAACAAAAAAGAAAAGAGAAAAAACACACAAAAAGUCCCCCUUCGACCUCGUUUAGUGCCAAUGUUGUGUGUUGCACUCCAGUUGUUUAACUGUGCAUGUGAGUGGAAGUGUCCCUGUCUCAAUAGCUCCAAGCUGUUAAAGAUAUUUUUAUUCAAACUACCUAUAUUCCUUGUGUAAUUAAUGCUGUUGUAGAGGUGACUUGAUGAGACACAACUUAACUUGUUCGACGUGUAGUGACUAGUGACUCUGUGACGAAAACUGUGACUCUGAGCGGUGUGUCCCUGCGUGCCUUUGUAGGACCCUUUGCACGAACUCUGGAAGUGGCUCUUAUAAGCGCAGCUUCAGUGAUGUAUGUUUUUGUGAACAAAGUUACAAAUAUUGUCCAAGUCUGGCUGUUUAAGCAAACUGUGAUCAGCUUUUUUUUUUUUUUGGUAUUUGUUUUUAAGGAAAAAAUACUGACUGGAAACAAAAAAUAAACUUUCUAUUGUAAGUUC